AUAAUAAUUUCUACUUAUUAUAGAAAAAAUCUGUAAAAAAGAAGAGGUAGGAUCAGUGGAUGUGGUGAAAACGUUACGUCGGUCAAAGUCACACGUCAAAUCCUCGCAUCUCGUCUCGCAUCUCGUCUCGCAACCCGUCGGUUCCGAUCAGUCCGACGUGAGCCUGGCCAGUUGGUAGGUUGGUUGGUUGGUCGGUUGGUUGGUUGGUUCGUCCUUUCGCACGUUCAUGCCACCACGAUGAUCCUGGGGGAUUUGGUUGACGAGCAAGAGGAACCGAGUGAGAGAGAAAGAGAGAGAGAGUGAAUAACCAAAGGUGGUGGGGAUAGUAGGGUUGCGUUGGAUGAGAAACAGAAAAGUGGGGGGUUGAAACGGAGAGUUGGAAGCGCGCGAGCGCUUCAGUCGACGCUGAAACCUUCGAACUAAAAGGACGUGCGUGCGCGUAACUAAACUAUCAUCAUCGUCAUCGUCGUUGUCGUAGUAGUUUCCCAUCCAACUGAAUUUCUUGUCUUAACCUUUUGUUAGAUUCGAUGUCGCUCGUAGUCGCACACAUAUCUGACUUUUUCGCCCAUAGAACCCUCGUUAAAGGACCUCGUAUAGGAGGCCCCCAUCUUCUUUUUUCCUUAAGUGCGUCGAGCAAAGUUUUUUGUGAAAAGAUAAAAAAGGAGAGGAGCACUAACGGUGUACUGCAAUCUAGUGAAUACAUAAAUAACGACCGAUCAUCAUCAUCAUCGUCACAUCGUUCAACGGAUUCUAUUUUCGGAUUUGUACUUUGAAAACGAUCAGUUUUUUUUCAACGAAGAAGAAGGAGAGGAGAACCAAAAUACAGCGCUUUUAAGCGCUCUUUAAGAGAUGCUGGCUUCUAACACUAAUCAGUAUCUAUGUCCGGAUUAUUUAACUCCUUUGCCAACUACGCUGGAUGCAAAGAAAAGUCCUCUUGCUCUUCUUGCGCAGACUUGUAGUCAAAUCGGAGCGGAUCCACCGUCAAGCAGAUCUCUGUUGAAUGGUUCGGACAAAACUUCGAAAUCUAAUAAAUCUAAUCGAGAUCAUUCUCGCGAGAGAAGUUCACCAUCGAGAAGAACACCGACAAGCGAGGUGGUUAGUAGAUCAAAUUCCAAAAAUUCUCACGAAUCUUUCGGUCGUGAAAAAACGUCCAGUCCGGAAGAUCAACAACGAUCGGCAUCCAGUCAUUCAACGUCCGCUCGUUCGAGAACACCAGGAAAUAAUAAUAACAAAAGAUGUCCGAGCAAUCAGAGUGCAUCCUCGGCACGAGCAGCGACACCGCAGGGAAGAAAAACGACUACACCAGAAGGUGCAGUAUAUCUAAGCGAACCGAGUCCAAGCGACGGAAUUUCAACGAGUUCCUCCGCUCGAGGAACUCAUCAUGGUAGUCCUACGAUAAGGCCAAAUUCUUAUAGCCCUGCCGGAGUAUUAGCCAUGACAGAUCCAUCGAUAAAGGAUCUACCACUCGGUACCUUCAAAAUCGGUCUACCUCCUUCGACAAGUUCAGCUUAUCAUUUAGCUUAUGGUGGUUCGCAAUUGCCAAUAGACGUCAUGUCGGCUGGUAGCUCGCUAUUGUCUCCGCAUCAGCACGCUCUGAAAAAUGGACUUAUCGGUGGCCCGACAAGUCCCUAUUUGGCUUACAGCAACCGUUUAAAACCUUCGCCUAGCAGUGGAACCGACGCAUCGCCUAUAGGUCUCUGUCGGGAUCCCUACUGCACCGGGUGUCAAUUGAACUCUCACCUACUGGCUGCUGCAGUGGCAGCAGCGGCGGCUGCUGCAACGACCACCGGCGGUUCGAGUGUUCCUUCACAAACGAACGGUAAACUCUCUACGAGUCCUACGGUUCUACCUCCCUCGACAGUUUCUUCUUCUUCUACAUCUUCUUGUCCAUCCGGUUGCGUCCAGUGCGAUCAUAAAUCUGGAUCCGGGUCGCCUUACGGCUCCGGAAUGUCAACGGCUACCGCAGCUAGCGUAGCUGCAGCUGCCUACGCUCACGCGCAAUUGAGUGCUCUCGCUGCAGCCUCCCAGCUUCCAUAUGUCUGCAACUGGAUGGCCGGUGACACCGUCUACUGUGGCAAACGUUUUACCACCUCGGAGGAACUCCUUCAACACCUCAGAAGCCACACAAAUGCUUCCGUUCCAAGUUCCGUUAACAGCACGGACCCUUCCAACGCUACAGCCGCUGCCGUUGCCACUGCAACGGCCCUUUCGAUGCUCUCGCCUCAGUUACCUCCACCUCCCCCACACUCCUUAGCCUUACCCUCCACUCAUCCUUUUUUUUCAAGAACCUAUCCUACACCCCCGCUUAGUCCACUCGCCACGGCACGUUAUCAUCCGUACAGUAAACCCGCACCACCUAUGUUACCUCAUUCCCUUUCGUCCCUUGCUUUCCCUCUACCUCCAACCCACCCCGCUCACGUCUUGCCACCUCCACCUCACCCACACCCGCAUCAUUACUUUUCGCCGUACUCGUUUUACGCUGCUCCAAGGCUCGGGGCAGCAUCCGGACUUCAUCAAUAAGAAGAAGAAGAAGAAGAAGAAGAAGAAGAAGAAGAAGAAGAAAAAGAAGAAGAAAAAGAAGAGGAACAGAGCCGCCCAGCCAUUGUUGAAAGAGCCUACGACUGUGAUUUUUUCUCUGCAAGGAUGAGCGAGAGAGAAAUAGAGAGAGGAUUCGAGGAGAUUACAUUUUUGUCUAUUAAAGCCCAAAAAUACGGGUACGCUUUUUUACCAUAUAUCUAUUAAAUUUUCAAAUGUAUGUAUUUUUCUUGCUCGUUAUCUCUCUCUCUCUCUAUCCCUUUGUAUAUGUAUCUCUCUUUUCCUCUCUCUCUAUCUUUUUUGCUCACAUGCAUACGCGUACCUUCGCCAUCUUUUCUAGAAAUUUGUUCAUACGCAAUUUAUCGUUGUACGCGUUUCUUCGUAAAGUAAAAAGAUUUACGACUUAGUCAAAGAAAUAUUCAUAAAUUUCUUUGUCCGUCUAUCUUUUUCAGAAAAAUAGAAACACUGAGUAUAUUGUAUAUGUACAUAAAUAUAUAUAUGUAUAUAUAUCGAGGAUCUUCUCUCGAUUUGAUGGUACAAUCGGAAAAGGGUACAACACGCCCCCAUACAGGUCUCACUUUACGCCUACAUCUAACAAAAAAAUAUCACCGAUAUAAAAUAAAUAUUGUAUGUUGAAUAUAACAAACUAUAAAAUGGGUGAUGUUAAUAAAUAAUAGUGUUAUAAAAAAACAUUAAUUUAUCAAUCAUCUUCAACAUCGAUUUAUUCGAAAAUGAAGUCUUGUACAAGAAAAAAAUGUUCACUUUAUUUUUUCAUGUAGUUUUUAUCCCCUUGUAUCACUAAAUCUGAAAUAUCCUCUGUGUAUGUAUAUAUGUUGCUGUUAAUUUGUGAAAUAAGCAGGCAAAAUUCUGAGAUAACUAUAUACCGACCUGUUAAAAUGCGAAACAAGACAAAAAUUACCAUGCAUACUUCAACUAAAUAUAUAAAUUUACAGGAGACGAGUUGUUGAAAUAUGAGACAUGCAAGAUAUCCUUCAAUUUCAUUUCAAUACCUGCCUAUAUUACACCAUUGUAAGUCCGAAAACAAAAAAUAUGUUUUUCUUCGUUUUAUGGUCUCCCUAAUAAAAAUUAUCUAAUCUGAAGAUAGAGUUUCUCUAUUGAUUUAAGAAAUUAAACUAGGUUUCCUUCGAAAACUAUGAAAACGAAAAUAAAAUAAAAUAAAUGGGAACAAUGAGUGCUUAUCUCUUUCUGUCCUUUAAAAAGCAGAUUUUCUGUCAGCCAUACAAUUCUAUCGACUUUGAACAUACCACAUUGAAAUAAAAUAGUAGAAUAUUUUUCAUCUCAUACUUCAACUACUCGGCCCCCACAUCUUGUAAAUUCAUAUAUAAUCUACUUAUUUCGGAUUUAACUGAACCAUACAAUAUAAUGGUAACAUAUAUAUAUAUAUAUAUAUAUAUAUAAGUAUAUGUAUAUACUUAUGUACAUCGUACCGCAUCUAUUUUUGCGUAACCAAAGUUUUAGUAUGUAUCGCGUGACGCUUUUUAACUUGCGUCUUUCGAUAUUGUAUUAAAUUAAAAAAAAAAAAAAACAAGCGAAGAGAUGGAAUGUUAGAGAAAUAUUGUCUGUAAAUAGAUUUAUUAUUCUAGUAUGAUAAAAUUGUAAAUGUCUCGAGAUUUUAUCGUCUAGAAACUACUCUUGUAUCUUCGAUAUCGAUGUGGUGGGAUUUUUGUAUUUUUCAAGUUAUCGUUGUUCUAUGUUAUUUGAUCUCACAUUGAUAACUUUUUAAAAUCGAAAUACGAGAAACCUAUU